AUGGUCAACUACAAACGUGUGGUUUGCGAAGUGGCCGUACUGCUAGCAUUGCUGGCGGUGGCCAUUGCAGCACCGACUCAUGAUUGCACAGAGCACGAAACACAUUACGACCAACGCCAGAACGGCACUGAAAACUACAGACUGAACAUCGACGGAGUGGUCAUCGCCGUGGCGCCAGCAGAAUCGAUCAUCGAAGCGGCUGCAGAAUUCGGUGACCUUUUCGACAUUUCUGAUAUCGAUGACUUUUUAAAACCGCCCAGCCCGCCAAGUUCGGGGUCAACGACCAAGCCCGAGGUUAGCGAUUCAAAACCUGGGGCGGAGAAGCCUGCUGAAACACCUCUUAGCGAUGUUAGCCUCAAUUCUGAAACCAAGCCUCAGAGGAAGGAUGCCUCCGCAGGAAAACAAGAGAAAGUUCAAAGGCUGAAGCACCGACUUGCGAAUGUUUUAAUACCUCUGCUUAGAAGGACACGGCACCACUGAAGACAACAAUGUAUUUAAACGCUGAACAAAGAAGGCCAUAGCCACGAGUGAUAUGCAGAAUGCAUUUAUUUUUAUUUAUUUCUAGUUAUU